AUGAGAGGAACAUUUUCAAACGGAUUGCAGCAUGCCAAUCUUUUUAUAGCGCUGAUUUUACUUUUUAUCUUCCUUUCUGCAACACAGGUACGGUCGGAAGGAUAUACUUUAAUAGCAGAAACCGAAUCCCAUCUCAAUUUGUUGUUUGAAAAAUAUAAAAGUGUCGACACCAUCUGUGAUAACGAUUUAGAUCGUCUUAUUUCAGAUACAAGGAACCCAGAAGUCAAGUGUUUCGAUGCAAAGAACAUUUUCAAUGGAUCUUUGGACAAAGAGGCUUUUCGAAAAAUUUUGCCAACUUUAAUUUUUGAUCUUGUCGAGCACAAAUGUCAUGACAGUCCCUUAAAAAGCAGCCCCAAAUACGCUAGCCAUAAUUGGAAAGUUUGGGUUACUAGCAUUACUGCAGUUAUUAUAAUCAGUUUCUCUGGUCUCCUUGUGGUCGCCCUGGUUCCAAAGAUGUCAAGAAAAAUUUAUAAUGUCGUUACCCAAUUUUUAAUUGCUCUUUCUGUCGGCUCACUGAUUGGGGAUGCCUUCUUACAUCUUAUUCCUCACGCUCUACUCUCUGACGGUUCUAGUAGCCAUGGUCAUUCCCAUGAUUCAGAUGGAAAAGACGGUAAUCUGCAUGAUACUUUUAUCUGGAAAGCCAUGAUUGUUAUUUUGGGCAUUUAUGCUUUCUUCUUAACCGAAAGAAUAACAAUUAUCGGUCAAAAUCACGCAUCUAUGAGAAAACUUAAGAGAAAUGAAAAGCUAAAAUCUCUUUCCAAAAAUAAUAACGAGAAUGGCAAGGAAUCCACCGCCAAUAGCGUCGCUGCCUUGACACGUCAAUCCUCUGACCUGACCUCUUCACCAUCUCAGGGUGCCAGUAAUGAACCUUUUGUUGAUUUAAAUCAGAGAACUCCCGGAGAAAACCCCUGUACUAACCGCAUCGGAGUUGAUGAAAUCACUUGCGAAUUGGAUGAAAGACCUCCUAGCGGUACACGACAUCUCUGCAAUAGACCCCCCUCUAGACCGUUGGAUAAUGCUCGUUGUUCGGAAUUUCUUGCCAAUGAGCAAGGUACAAAUAUCAACGGAGUUGCAAGUAUUUCCAUAUCCCUGAAUCUUGAAGAUAGCGAGGAAGAAGAGUCGAAGAGGCACGUCAAAUUUGAAGGCGAUUACUCAAAUAAUGAUGAUGGAAGUGGAAGUGAAAGCGGAGGUGAUGAUGACGAUUAUACCGAAGUCAAUAAGAAGGCAGACAAGGCCGUUCAAGAAGGCCAUGGGCACCACACUCACGGACAUGGACAUCAUCAUCACGGUCACGGUCACGGGCAUGGACACCGUCAUCACAGUCAUCAUCAUGGACAUUCCAGAAGGGGUCCUCUGCAUCCCAGUAAACCCCAUGGUCAUCAUCAUGGCCAUAGCCAUGAUUUGAGCUCCGUGAAGGCAAUUGCAUGGACAAUUGUGGCUGGAGAUGGUCUGCAUAACUUCUGUGAUGGUAUCGCUAUCGGUGCCUCCUUUGCUGUUGAUAUUAAUGGUGGUAUUUCUACUGCACUGGCUGUUCUCUGUCAUGAAUUGCCUCAUGAACUUGGUUAG